GGAUGCCGCCGUUGGCUGCCCUAGCCCUGAACCUGAACCUGAACCACAUCCCCAGUUCCCCACGCCAACCUACCCCCCCCCCCUCGGACCCGAGCGGCUGGCCUAGGUGUCCGCGACCGACGACGCAGCAUCUAGUCAUCUAGUACACGCCCUAACGUACAUAUUGACAAUGGCGUCCGAGUUGUCGUUCGACCGCCCGCCGUCGCCCCAGCGGCUGCUCCCUGUCGCUGAGCAAUCGGUGAUGAAGCUUACGCGGGGCCAUUCGUGCGUCCUAUGUCAACAACGGAAGGUUCGCUGCGACAAGCAGAAGCCCUGCGCCAACUGCGUCAAGGCCCAGGUCGAGUGCCGUGUUGUUCCACCCCAACCGCCCCGCCGCCGCAAGAAGAAGCCUCACGAGAGAGACCUCAUCGACCGUCUGCGCAAGUACGAGUCGCUGCUCUCCCAGCAUGGCGUCAACUUCGACCCCAUCGCCCACGACCUCAAGGCCCUCGACCACGCCGACGACGUGGCCGACCUCGAGCAGGACCUCAGCGGCUUGAAGACGUCGCCCUCGAGCGCCGCCGAUAAUCACACGCCCGACCAGUCCCAUGACAAAAAAUGGUACCCCUAUUACAAAGACUAUCGGGCUACGGAUGAGAUGCUCCACGACUCCUCGGAUGAGGAGUAUGAGGGCCCAACGCUUCAUCAUGCCUACGACACCAUGUUUGAAAACAACGACGGCUUUCCGUUCAUCGUCGGCGGCACCAUGUCCAGCGUCACCAACGCCCACCCGUCAGCAAUCCAGAUCUUCCAGCUAUGGCAAAUAUAUAUCAACAAUGUCAACCCGCUGCUCAAGAUCAGCCACAUCUCCACCCUGCAGGCGCAGAUCAUCUCUGCCGGGGCCAACACGGCUAAGAUUUCCAAACCGCUCGAGGCCCUGAUGUUUUCCAUCUACUUCUCGGCCAUCAACUCCAUGACGGACGACGAGGUCCACAGCACCUUUGCUGAAGACAAGGCGGUCCUCUUGGCCAAGUACCACAACGCCACGCAGCAGGCCCUCGUCAAUGCCGGUUUCAUGCGAUCCACGGAGUUGACGGUCCUGCAAGCGCUGUUCCUGUAUCUGGUAAGCCUCCGCUGGGCAGCAUCUAGCCCCGGUAGCGCUGACGGUCCCCAGCUCUGCGCCCGGCCAUAUGUAGACCCGCGAUCUCUGUUCUGCCUGAUUGGGGUUGCCGUCCGGAUUGCCACCCGGAUAGGGAUCCAUCGGGACGGGACGCAGUACAACCUUCCACCCUUUGAGACGGAGCAGCGGAGGCGGCUCUGGUGGCAAAUUGUCAUAUUCGACAAGCGGAUUGCCGAGAUCACGGGCUCCUCCAUCACUGCCCUGUCCACGUCUGGCGGCGACAGCCGGUUCCCUCUCAACAUCAACGACACGGACCUCAACGUUCAUGCCAAGGAACCCCCGGCCGCGUAUCCUGGCCCUACGGAGAUGCUCUUCUGCCUUACCCGCGUCGAGCUUACCGUCGCCGCCGCGCCCAACGGCGUUCGCCAGCAGCCUGCCACUCCGCCGGGCGCUCCCAGCAACCUGAACAAGCCCCGGGUGCAAUACAGUCCGUCACCGUCGUCCCCAGACAUCGUAACACAUGUGGCCAACCAGAACCUACCACACGAUCUCGAGAGCUUCUGCACCUACAUCGAGACGUACUAUCUCAAGCAAUGCGACCACAAGAUUCCACUACACCUCUUUACGUUACUCAUGACGCAGCAAGCCCUGAGCAAGUUGCGAGUUGUCGACUUCCUCUGUAGGGGGGUUAGCGCCGAGACGGUAGAACCCACCGACCGCGAUAACCUCUUUAUCGAGGCUAUCCGGAUGGUCGAGCUUGAUAACCACCUGCAGACGGACGAUACGCUGCAGGGGUUCCGGUGGUACACAUACCAGCACUUCCCCCUGCCAGCAUACAUAUUCCUUGUGUCGGAGCUGCGGCAACGGCCGACUGGUGAGCUGUGCGAGCGCGCUUGGAACGUCAUGGUCGAGAACUGCGAGCACCGUGGCUUUACGCGCAAUCUGCGCUCGCCAAUGCAUAUCCUUCUCGGCCACUUCUUCGUCAAGGCCUGGGACGUGCGCGAAGCUGCCGAGUUGCAUUUGGGCCGGCACCUCCCGACGCCAAAGAUUGUCACCCUGCUGCGCAAUACCGUCUCGCGGUACAAGCGUCCAACCCCGGCACCGACAGGCAGCACCGCCGGAGCAGCACCAAGCAGCACACAGAUGCCUGGCCCCGCACCCCCGGCUGCCCCGCCUAGCUCGGGAAUAUUACACGCCAAUGUCAAUGUUCAGGCCGAGCCCAACUCUGCCCCGUCGGCUGGCAUGUACCAUGGCAAGCCCAUGGCCGAGUCAACAGCGCACAUGGGCAACUCCAACAACCAGAACAUGAUGAUGAACGACAAUAUGAUGUUCCAGAACUUUGACGGGGUGAACCAGUUGCUCGACACGUCAAUGCAGGAUGUCGACUUUGGACAGAUGGACUGGAACUAUUUGGUGCAAUACAGCUCCUUCGGGGGGUUCCAACCCCAUCUCUAUUCGCAACCUCUCCCACAUCAGGGCGGAGGCGGCCCCCAAUAAUAUGACAUAUACGCCUACAUAUAUACUACGACUCACGGUCACGCCUAGCGCUUAUCUGCAUCUUGCAGGCACUUUAUAAGAGUUGCAUAUUUCGAGGAAAAUGUGAGGGUCUGGGGU